AACGCGCAGCUUUCGGCUGUAGACCAGCCGCUUUUUAGCGAGUAAAAGAGAAGAAAGAAAAGCGAGUGUAUGAGGGUGAAAGUGGCGGUUUAGCCGCUCGACACUGCACAAUGCGGUACAGUGAAUUUAACACCAUACCGGCUGAGCAGUGCGGAUGAGUUGAGCGGAUUCCAAAGUGUAGGCAGAGAGGAGUGAAGGUCUGAAAGAGGCCAUUUUGCCUCCGAUUCUGGGAUCUCCUGACCCGCUGAUGGAGCGGUUUUAUUGGAUUCGGCACAGAUGGCAACAGGUAGCAGUCACAGAGUCAGGACAGGGCUGGUCCCAUGCCGCAGACUCACUAGCCUUAAAAGGAGGAUUAGAUUGUCAGGAUGUCACAGGACACACGAUUUCUGGAAAGAGACGAUCUGUGGUGGCACGAUACGGCCCACACCAGGCGGAAUACCUCAGCAUCUCAAAGGGCUACCAAAGCAACGCCAUUCAUACCACUAAGUACAGCCUUUUGAGUUUCAUACCCAUGAAUCUCUUUCACCAGUUUCACAGAGCAGCAAACCUGUAUUUCCUGUUCCUGGUGUUGCUUAACUGGGUUCCGGCCGUGGAGGCCUUUCAGAAAGAGAUCACCAUGAUCCCGCUUGUAGUUGUGCUCACUGUCAUCGCCUUCAAAGAUGCCAUAGAGGACUACAGACGCUACUGCUACGACCAGAGGAUCAACAACACCCUUACACACGUGUACAGUGGGUCAGUGUGGAUUUCACCUCUUUAAACUCAGAGUUUGUGUGUGUUACAGUAGUACACCACCGACACAUUUCAAUCCAUAAUCUCGUUAAAUGUCUUAUUUCAGCAGCAUAGUUAUUUAUUUGGAGUCAGUCCACAUUUUGCAGCUAUGACAGCCUUCACUCACUGUGGGAAAGUUUUUCUAUUAGAUUUUGGUCACAUGACUGAAGGGAGUUAGCCACAAGAAUGUUAAUAAUGAGGUUGAACACUGAUGUUGGGUAAUAAAA